UCAACUACAAUGGGGCUGGAAUUAGUUUAGUUUACCCUAUAUAAAACCAUGCAUGCCAUCAGCGGUCGUAAGACUUUUUUUUAUAUGGGUAUUUCUGGCUGUUUUUAAUAUUAGACAAUACGAUAUACCCAUGCGUUUAGACUUGACAGUUUCAUCCGGAACAUUUUAAGUGGGGCGUAUUUUCCCCAUAAGGACAUUUUGGCAGCCGUAGAUUAUUACUUCCGUCUAUUACGUAGAACAGGAAGAUUAAUCCGAAUCGAAGAACCAAAUCCCACCUGCGCAUUGGUUUACCUGUUGGGCCUAAUGAUAAAAUGAACCGUGUGACAUUUUGAGUUAUGAGAGCAAUGGCCACCGGAACAGGAAGUGCGUACAUAUUGGACCUUUGGACAGAAGACCAACAACACUGCAGCGAUGUGGUGGAGACAUUUGCAAAAUUGCCUGCAUUGGAAAACAGCAGUGUGUUGUUGCUUGCGAGUGAUUCCUCAAAUCAAGCUGAUAUCGUGAAAAUAGCAUUGGACAAGCAAAAUCGUGACAGAAUAAUUCAGUUUGAAAAUAAAAAUAAGAUGGCAACAUUCUACGAUGCGAAAUUGUAUUGCGACACACAUGGAAUAUCUGUCUUCUCAGUGCUGUGUUCUAGUAAACACUCCCAGUAUUGGCACCUCCUGUUGACACAUGUCACCACGGAUGUUUAUGAAUGGAACAUUAGUACCGUUGAUCAAGAGAAAACGGAUUUCUUUACUCAAGAACAAAUUGUUAAAGAUGUCAGCAAUUUCUUUGGUUCUCUGCCAGCUUUUGGUGACGUCACUACACUUACGUCACCAAUUAUUCCCAAUGAUUUGUUCUACCAUGGCUUUAGUUGCCGAACUGGAGGACUGUCGUCUCUUCCUGGAAUGAAAUCUUUAAAUCUCGUGUAUUCCAUAUCAAAACGCGAUCCAAAAGCGUUAGUGAACGAAAACAGAAGAAAAUUGGCGAACCAUGUCGGGUUUGAUCCAGAGCGCUUUCGUGUAGCGAGAACCGUCCACGGGAACAGUGUUCACGUAGUUGGGAAUACGGAACCUGAUGAGGGAUACGACGGGAUCGCCACCGACCAACAGGGGGUAACUAUAGGUGCUCCCGGCGCAGAUUGUGUAACAAUGAUUUUUGCCGAUCCUGUUAAAAGGGCAUGCGCAGCACUUCACUCCGGAUGGAUGGGUACUGUGAAACGCGCAUGUGUAGAAAUUCUUCAUACAAUGACCACAGAAUUUGGCUCUAAUCCAAGUGACGUCAUUGUAGCUAUGGGUCCAUCCAUUGGCCAGUGUUGUUUUGAAUUCGGCGUUGACCAAAUCGACCAGUUCAAAGAUAUAGUCGCGGAAUCGGUUGUGAUAAGGGACAGUGGUCAGAAAGCUUUCGUGAAUUUGCAGAUAUGCAAUCGCGUGCUUCUGGAACAAAAUGGUGUCAAGCCUACCAACAUUGACGACCAUACAUGUACAAAAUGCACCAGCUGUAACCCCGAGUUGUUUUUCUCGUACCGACGAGACGGACGGCCAUUUGGAAACCAAGUAGGGUUCAUUGGCAUGAAAAUGAAAUAGCUACCGAUGUGGACAACUGCUAUUUUCAUACCAAUCGAACAUUUCCGUCGUCGGAAGGCCCUGUUUUCCUUAACAUGCCUAUCAUUGCAAGUAUCUGCUUCAACCUAAUUCAAGCACAAGUAACCAUGCUUACAGUUUUUACAAAAGAUCCACUGAUGAACUUUAAUAUGUAAACAUACAUUUAUUGAUAGAUGAAAUCAGCGUCGAAUCGUGAAUACUUCCGUAAACAGAAAUGAGGGGAUUUAGAAAGGAAAUAGGAAAAAAAUCUAAAUAAGUCUUCAUUAAAGUUUAGAUAUAUAUAAAGAGGAGGCGAGAUGAUUAUAUGAUUACUAAACCAAUCACCUAGGAAAGUAUUGCCGCAAUUCACACGAACAUAGACACGACAUGCAUGGUUAUGGCAAAGUUACCACGGCGACCGAAACAUCUACAACCAAAGACACACUCGAGUGAAAAGAACAUUUUUAUAUGAUCGAGUUAUACACCGUUCUUACAGCUCUUUCUUCCUGCGGGGCUCUUAGGUGCUGCUUUCAGCUAGAGGCAAAGAUGAGGAAUAACCAAAGGGAAAUCAGGACCAUUUAGUCCUAAUGAACAUUAACAAAAUGAAGGUAGCAAUGUUUUCAUCCGAACUUAACCAGUCAUCUUGAAAGAAACGACAAACUCUUCUUGAAUAAGUCUUCUGUAGUAAAAGACGCUAACUCUCACAGAACAGGUACUUUGUCAGUAGUCUGCGUGUAAAUCAAUUUAGUUGUUUCUGAAAUUAUUAGAAACUUGUAUUGUUAUUGUAGUUUUCAUGCAGAAAAGACACAUAAUUAUCUAUUAUCAACCAUGGAAUAUUCGCUUCAACAACGUAGAGCUAUAAUUAGUUUUAAAACAAAACAAAUAGUGAAAAUUCUUUUCCCGUGUACUACAGCCUUUGGAGUACACAUUGCGCCUCCAAUGUAUACGGAUAUUGCCAAUGCUGGGAGGAAUGUCGACGUGGGAAGUGUAGAUGGCUUCCCGAUGGAUAAAAAUAUUUAAGACAAGGGAUAUUCUUAAGUACACUGUAUAGUACAUUAUCCGGCAUUACGAGGUUUACAGCAUCUUUUACAAGGGGAGGCAUGGGAUUUAUAGUGUCGGAAGUUUUGAAUAACUUGCGGGCAAUUUUCCAGAAGUUUCUUGGGUUCAGAAUCGAGUAACGGUCUAAAUUACUAUAUUGUGAUGUAGAAAGACAUAAGUGAUUCCAGAAAAAUGCUAUAUUUGGAGAUAUUUCUUAUUUGGACACUUGGUCCCCGUCCAAAUAACCUUACGCAUCCGAAAUGAUGAUCGUCGAUCGUCAAUAUACCCAUAGGUGAAUCUGCAACUUAUAGAUGUUUCGUCCUUGUUAGUGAUAUAUAACAACAUUUUACCAUACCUAUGUUUUGUUCGCUUUGUGUGGUCUGUCUCUGUAUUUUUAAGCUGCAUUGCUAUGGCUACUGUCGAUAGGGACAACAGAGCUUGGUCAAUGGUGCCAAUAUGUUAUGUCUGCCUGAAAGUCUCGUGCUGAUUUUAACUCCAGUUUUAUACACUUAAAUUUACCUCCCCUUCACAUUUCACUGCCGUAUUUAGAUUUUUAAUUUAAAUUUGAACUAAUCAUUCAUGACUGAUAAUGUGAUUUUUUUUCAAAAUGAACAUUCAGUUAGUCAGUGAAUUGCCGUCGUUACCAUGGCUGCAAUUACGACGCGAGUAUGGCAUUUACAGUCCUUUGAAUCACACAUUUUCGGGUUAGUUUGAAACAUGGCCAUUGUCAUGGGAAUAUUGAUGUGUGGGAUUCAACUCGACUGAUGUGUUAACCGUGACUCUUAACUUAUUUGGUGACAUUUCACAUGUAUCCACUUAGAAGUCUACGUGUAUUUCAACGUGGCUAAACUGUUGGUCUGAAGGUGCCAGUAACCGCCAAUGCUAUUUAUGACCAUAAGUCGUUUCCCUCUUAGACCCUAAUAUUCUUGUGUUAAUAGGUAUAACACGAAACAUGUAUACGGAAGUUCAAACAUAGAAUUAAUGUGAAAAAGACACAUGAUUAACACUAUUGGAUAUAAAUAUGAGGGCUGAUUGAUAUGUUGUGAACCUCAUAUUGAAGGAAUUGAAUUUUGCCGGA